AUGGAGACCGUCAAGAACGCCGCCAACUACGUCGCUGAGACCGUCCAGGGCACUGGUGCCCAGGCUUCCAAGGAGGCCAACAAGAACGUCGCCAAGAACGAUGACGCCAAGCUGAGCACCCGUGCUGAAGCUGCCAAGGAUGCCCUCGUCGACAAGAAGGACGAGGUGUCCCACGACACCAAGGCUGAUGUCCACAAGGAGGCUGCCAAGAACUAA